UAUUAUUUAUUAUACAGACCGUCAUGUGUUUACGCCGUCCGUAUUUGUGUUUUUCUCAUUGAAAAUAAAUAUUGGUUUUUUUUAUUCUUUCCUGAAAACUGUAUUUUCUUUUCUUUUUUUUUUAAUUAACUAAAUAUAUUUGGUCGAGUGUUACCACCAACCGUCAAAUAAGACGUGAGCGGCUAUCCGCGGGUUCUAUAUCUGUUAAUCGGCACAACAGCCUCCGUCGGAGCCGUGUCAAUAGAAAUAAAAAAUGAAGUAUUUUGCGUAUUUUGCAACUUGUCAUUUUUUUGGACUAGUAGUAACUUAUGAUAUUUUUGGCGAUAUAUCUUCAGCGUUAAACACAAUGGGUAACGAAUUUUCCAAAGUACCCAACACCGUGAACACUGGGAUCAAUGCAAUCGGUAACGAAUUUUCCAAAGUACCCGACACCGUGAACUCUGGGAUAAAUGCAAUCGGUAACGAAUUUUCCAAAGUACCGGACACCGUGAACACUGGGAUGAACGCAAUAGGUAAAGAAGUUUCCAAAGUACCAAAAUGGAUAUCCGACGUAGGUUGUAGCGAAUUUGUUACCGGUAUUGUCAUUAAUCUACUCAUCAAGUGCAAUCCACACGCAUUUAUUACUGACACAUUAGACACCGAAGAUAUAAUAAUGAUGAAUACAUGUAAAUCGAUCGAAGUCGUAUCAUACGUGUUACCGUUGAUCGCCGAUUUAGCGACAUCCCCCGUACAGAUCGUCUGCUCUGUUUGGAUUGAAGAUCGUUUGGAAUUGUACUCUCAUUUAAAAGGUAUCGAUGUGCAUACAGGACCUUCCGGGACCAAUUUCAUAAACAAUGAUGAAUUGUUUUAUAAUUUAUCGAAACUUAACGAUCAACAUUGUAACAACGAUUGUAACUUGGAUGAUUACGUAUUUAUCAAACUAGACGAACGAAACGAAUCUUCUGCAGACACAACGUCGUCGCCCAGUGACGUCACUAGAUUUAAACGAGGCAUUUUUGGUAAAGCGCUGUCCAUACCGACCAAAGUUAUUGUGAAAAAAUAUACCGUUAAAGCUGCACCUAAAUUGUUAAUGAAAAAUGGCGUGACGUCGACGUUGGCUUUUCGAGGUCUUAAUGGUUUGGUUAGUAAUAAAAUGACAACGAAAACAUCGGUUAUGAUUUUUAAUAUCAUAGAAAAUAAACCUCUCGAUAAAGUUAAGAAUGUGUACGAUGUAUUUGUAUUAACUAAAACUGUUCCAACCACGUUCACCAGAAAAUAUUACAAUAACGUUUAUGGGACUUAUAAAUUUGGGAGAGAAGCCGCUGAGAAUUUUCAACGUGAUCUCACGAAGAAAGAAUCGAAAUUAUUACAAACAUUGAUCCAACACAUUGAUAAUUGAUGAAUUUGAAAGUAAGCUGAAAUACGUAAUUUAAUUCAAUUUUAUAUAAUAAAAAUAAAUAACUUAAAGAUGUAUCGUAGUAUUCGUAGUGCAUCAUUAUAACGUUGUCUACAUUAUAGAAUAUAAUUUUUAAAUACUAUUACAUGAUUUUAUAUUAAUAGUUUGUGGCUAAGAUGUUAAAUGAUAAAGUGUUGACGAUUAACUU